CCCCACCGUAGUUCGACCCUUAAUACUCCUCCUACUGGCUUAAUUUUUCUUUGAAAGACACUUUUGGUGCUUUUCCUCCGACGUUCACGCUGAUACGACCAGCAGCUUCACUAUACGACGGUUAUACAUCGUAGUGGACCCUGGUUCAUUUGAACCAUCUGUCAAGUGCAACGCGGUAUGUUGAAUGGGAAAAUAGAAGAGAAUAGAUGCUCCUGGUCAGUACGUACCGCAAAGAGGAUGUAUCGCUACAUGGCCACCUUGGCCAUUGGCGUGAGCGAGAACUUCGACUGGCAACUACGUACGGGCGUAGAUGGGAUGGUACAUGAGUUGAUCACAUAUGUUCUGGAUGCAUAGAAAGCAAAGAGACCCAGCGGCCUUACAAACACCCCGGUACUCGUGCAGACCGUCCUCUUGGCAUACAUAUGGAUAUAUAUUUUGAAUGAACGUACAUGGAAAGGCGAGCUUUCCCCAGGUGCACUUACUAAAUGGAAACUCGGUAUAAAGUGCCCGCGAGCAGACCGAACUGUAACGGACCAUGAUAAAAAAGCCUCGUUUCGAGGAAUCGGAAUCUCUAAGAAUGCCCCAUCCAAACGGCAUUUCAGAACCUCUCGACAUCCUCAUAGUAGGAGCCGGAUUCGGUGGUCUGUACCAACUCCCGAUCUUUCGAAAACUAGGAUACAAAGUCAAGAUCUUCGAAGCUGCCCCAGAUAUCGGUGGAACAUGGUACUGGAACCGUUAUCCCGGUGUCAGAGUCGACUCUCCUGCCCCCAGCUACUCGUUUUCAGCCGAAGAAACUUGGAAAGAUUGGAAUUGGACGGAGAAGUAUCCUUCUGGAGAAGAGAUUAGAGCUUAUUUUCGGCAUGUGGAGGAGAAACUGGGGUUGAAGAAGGAUAUCACGUUUAAUAUGCGUGUUGUUAGUGCUGAGUGGGAUAGAGGAGAAGACCGGUGGAUCGUCAACACGGAUACUGGAGCGGCUGUUCAUCCGCGCUUUCUGGUCUUCGCCACGGGUGCUUUGACUGUACCGUACAUCCCCGCGUUCAAAGGGUUGGAUAAGUACGGGGGAGUCUAUCAUCACACGGGAAGAUGGCCUGAGGAGGGUGUUGAUGUUAGGGGUAAAAGAGUUGCGGUGGUCGGUACAGGUUCGAGUGGUGUUCAGAUCAUUCAGGAGUUGGGGCCUGAAGUGGGACAUCUCACUGUAUUCCAGCGCACCCCCAACCUUUGCCUACCAAUGGGACAGGGUAAACUCGAGACCCGGAAGGAACUAUACCCUGUCCUGUAUCGUUACCGCCUCCAAAGUUUCUUUGGAUUCCUCCACAAUUCAUACCCGAAGGCGUACAAAUCCUCAACGCCGGAAGAGCGGAUCCUUCGAUUAGAGGAGCACUGGGCCAAAGGUGGAUUUGAAGUGAACGCCCCGUUCCCCGAGACGGGUAUCAGCCAAGAAGUUAACGAUGCUCUCUAUGAAUUCUGGCUCACAAAAGUUCGGCCAAGGAUACGGGAUCCGAAGAUGCAGGAACUGUUGGCGCCGACGGUGGCUCCUCAUCCGGUAGGAGCCAAACGGCCAGCGUUGGAACAGACGUACUUCGAGGUGUUCAAUCAAGGCAACGUCGAUCUCGUUGACCUGAACAAGAAUCCGAUAGCUGAGUUCACAUCGGAGGGUAUCGUGACGGGCGAUGGAAAGGAGCACGAGUUCGAUGUUAUCGUCCUUGCUACCGGAUGGGAUAGUGUUACUGGGGCGAUGGCGAACAUCGAUAUACGGGGCGUAGGCGGGCAGACCGUUGCUGAGAAGUGGAAAGGUGGACUAUACACGAAUCUGGGAAUGACGGUCUCGGGAUUCCCGAAUAUGUUUUUCGUGUAUGGACCUCAAGCUCCAACUGCCUUCGUCAACGCCCCUAGUUGUGUCGAACCUCAAGGUGACUGGAUUGUUGGCAUGAUUGAGCAUAUGAGGAAGAACGGGUUAACGAAGGUCGAAGCGACGACAGAAGCCGAGCAGAAGUGGCGAGGAAUGGUCAUGACUAUCUAUGAUAUGUUACUUAUGAAGAAGAGCAAGGGGUGGUGGAAUGGAGCUAAUAUUCCAGGAAAACCGGUUGAGGCUUCGAGCUUUCCUGGGGGGUUACCGAAGUAUGUGCAGAUUUGCGCAGAAAACGCGGACAAGGGAUAUGAUGGGUUUAUUUUUUCGUCAAACCGCGACUGCUCAGUAAUCGGAUAA